AUGGCGAUGACCCGAUACGUCGUACCAAUCUCCGAAUCAUCGAUUGUCCUUGAAAGUCGCCGAGAACUCAAUCAAAUGGCAGAACAAUACCCAAUGAGCACCAUGAACGCUAGGAACGGUGACUGGUAUAUGCUCAACGAUGAUGGUACCGUGCUAGCUGUCGCCUCGGAUUAUUCGUGUGCAGAGCUUGAUGCCUCGAUCGAGGACGCAAUGCAGCUGUACGGCAUCCUCCCAGAGGUCGACCACGAAGUGAGGGAAACCGUCGCAACCCAAAGUGGCGAGCAACCAGGCGCUGGACUAUCAAAUACCUGCUCUCACCCACGUUGCUUUUUGUCCUCCACAUGUAGGACAUUCAGUGGUUGCUACGUGUGCGAGUCGAAUCUUCAUAUUUGUGUUUGA